AUGCCGAAAGGGACGGCGUUCGUCUCGCUGCCGACAAGGGGGCGAAAAGCACUAAAACGUCGCGAAGGAGACCGCCGGGAAUUCAAACUUGAUAUUGACGACAAGAACGGUUUGACAAUCGCAAUCCAAUACUCAUAUAAUGGAACGCCUCAACAGAAACAACUUGUACGACGUCAAGGGUCGCGUGGCCCUCGUAACCGGUGGUGGACUGGGAUCGGGCUCAUGAUCACCCAAACACUCGUCGAGAACGGUGCCAAAGUAUACAUUGCAUCGACGAGGUUAGAGCUCGAUGUCACAGAUAAGGAUAGCAUUCGAAAGGCCGUCAAGACCAUUGAGGAGAAAGAAGGAAAACUCGAUAUUCUCGUUAACAAGCAAGUCAACACCAGUCUACAUAUUCGAUCUUCUUCUUACUCGAGUAGCGCCGGAAUUACAGGCCCUUCAUCGCCCUUCUUCAACGAUCCCUCUGUACCUGAAAACAAGAGCCCCGCAGCAGUGGGAACCGCACUAUUUGAAAAUGAAAAAUGCGCAGAUUGGCAAGGCUUAUACGGAAAUAAUGUUGCUUCAAUGUUUUUUGUCACAUAUGCGUUCUUAGGAUUGCUGGUCAAGGCGUCUGAACACGAGGCCAAGUGGGCCUACAACUCAUCUAAAGCCGGAAUAAUUCACUUGACCAAGAUGUUCGCCACGGAGUUUGGGCUUAGGAAGAUUCCGGUCCGUGUAAACUCGAUUGCUCCAGGCACUUUCCCAAGUGAGAUGACAGGCCACCAGGACGAACACACUCUGGGAAAGGAAGAUGUUGACAAGGCUUCGCAAGGUGUGCAACCGAUUCCAUUUGAGCGGUCCGGAAAUGAUAUAGAUAUGGGAGGUCUCGCUCUUUUCCUUUCUUCUCCAGCCGCGUAUUAUGUUCAUGGACAGAUCAUCAGUAUCGAUGGUGGAUUCGAUGCUGUCAACCCCACGUAA